AUGACUGGGAUGGUUUCAGCGGUAUUUCAAUCACCAUGGGCACCUGAUAUGAUUGAUGCCUUACAAUUCCAGUACAAAGGACCUUUGAACGUUUGCAUUAAACAACCUAUCUGUUUGAAGCAUGAUUUGGAGAAUUCCGUUGUAGAAUCGCCUAAAGCAGAAGAUCAUAUCGUAUUCGAUGAUAAUCUAAAUGAGGUAUACGAGAUUGGUAGUGAAGUGGAAAUUAUGUUCGAUCAAAGGAACACAUGA